GCUCCGUCCAGCACCGCGCGGCCGCUCUGUACGACCGCUCUGUACGAGCCACCACACACAAAACACAACGCAUACGUGCCCCUGCGAUCGAGGCGACCCCCAGCCGGCGGCAGCCAUGCCCUCCCUCCCUUUGUCAGAACGCUGCCUCAUGGUCCUGCUCAUCUCGACCAACAUCCUGAAUUACAUCGAUAGAGGUAUCGUGCCCGGAGCAUCAGGAGCGUUUGAUUCAUUUAUAGAAGGCAGCGAGACCACCUGGGGCACGUCGGCGGCCUUCGGCGCGUUGACGAGUGCCUUUAUCGUCGGGUUCUCGAUCGCGUCUGUUGUUGUGGGACACCUGGCGCACCGAGUACCACCAUUCAAGCUCUGCGGCGUCGGUUUACUCAUAUGGUGCUUCUCCAUGCUGUUAGCCGGCUUGGCCAAGCCGCUCAAGUCGUACGCGUUGUUAAUCACGGCACGAGCAGUAGGCGGGUGCGGCGAGGCCGGUUUUGUGACCAUCGGCGGGCCCUUCAUCCAGGACGCCGCCGGUAGUCAACAAGGUUUUUGGUUGGGUGUGUUCUAUGCGGCCAUACCCGCGGGGACGGCGCUCGGCUACGGCUACGGGGCCUUUGUGGCUCAGCGGUGGACGUGGGCCGCGGCCUUCUACGCCCAGGGUUUGGUGAUGCUCGUGCCGGCGUCACUAUUCCUGUUGUCGAAGGAUGACGGUUCGCGCAUCGUCAAUCGCGACGAGGCGCCACCCUCGAUCAAGACCGAGCUCCAAGCCCUGCGACGGUCGAAAACCUUCCGUUUUACAGUUUUAGGCUACGCGGGCUACGCGGCGUCGGUGAUCGGCUUUUCGACGUUCGGGCCAAGCAUCGUCGUGGGCUGCGUGGAAAUCAACUGGUGCGUCGGGUGCUCCGUCGAGCGGUGAGAAACCGGCAUCGCCACGCCGUCGAGCAGGCGUCGCGUUGAUGGCGUGGGUGUGUUUGGAGAUGUGCCGCGACAUUUGAUUUAUGCACAGGUCGUCGGAUUGGGCCUCUGGACGGACAGUGUGCAAGCGUCCCUGGCCUUCUCGGCGACGCUGGCCGUGUCUGGCGCGCUAGGCACGCCGCUGGGCGGGCUCGCCUUGGACGCGUGGACGCGGAAACGCGAACACAAGCUCCGAGCGGCGUUGGAAGUCAGCAUAGCGACCGUCGGCGCGGGCGCGUUGCUCAUAACGCCGGCGGCCUUCGCUCGAGACCGGUCCUGGUUCCUCGCGAGCAUCGGCCUGGGCACGCUGCCGCUCUUCGCGGCGACGUCUCCGAUGAACGUCUCGAUCUUCGAGGGCGUGCCGCGCGAGCACCGCGCCUUCGGCAUCGCCGUGGCGACGCUGCUGAUGCACGCGUUCGGCGACGUGCCGUCGCCCGUCGUCGUGGGCCUGCUCAAAGAUCGGUGGGCGCCUGAUUGCGCGCCGGACGCGCAUUCUCAUCUGGGCGAGGCUUGCGGUGUCGGGUCAAAGCAGCGCGGGCACCUGCGGGGCAUCACCUUCGGCCUCUGCCUCUACUUCCUCACGUCGCUCUUCUUCUUCGGCGUGUCGCGGUGGCGGGCGGCCCGCCGCGUCGAGGAGGUCGUGGCCGAGCCGCCGACGGUGACGCCGCUGCUCGAGGAGGACGGCUGAGCCUGCGCGACGGCGUGCGUGGUGGGUGUUUUGUAAGAUUCGGUGUUUGUCGCAA